AUUUGAAGUUAAUCAUUUUUAUUGAAUUGAUUCAUUGAUAAGUACCAUUGUAAAUAAAGAAUUUAUUACAAUAAAACGGUACUUAUUUAUGAAUCAAUCCGAUAUAUCUAUCCUUGACGUUGAUUAGAAAUACAUAUAUUAAUCGUUUAAAGUUAUUAACGAUUAUUAAUAAAACUUUUAACGAAGUUGCUACAUAAGAAUGUGAAAUGAAAUCUCUCACGAACUUAUUCGCUCAUAUACACACGAAUAUACGCGUACACAUGGAUACAUCAAAGAAAUCUUUUAUUAGUAUCCUCAUAUGUAUCUGCGAUGUAUAUAUGUGCAAACAAACAUGAAAAAAAGAUUAAUUAUCGGACCAACUUAUUAAAAAUACGAUCAUCUUUUGUUUUUGUUUUUGUCGACCAAUUCAAAGUGUAAAAUUUUUUCUAAGGAAUACCUUAAGGCAAUUGUGUCGAAGGAUAAUUAUUGAAUGUAAGGAUAAUUAUCAAACGACAUGCACAAAAAUUUUGGCUAUAAGAUGUUUAAUAUUGUUGUGUAGAGCACUGCGAUAUAUACAAUUCAAGGAAGAAGAAAAGAACGAAAGAAGAUGACGAAGAUGAAGAUGAGAAUGAAGAUGAUGAUGAUGACGAAGGAGAAGAAGAAGGAGCAAUAAAUAUGGUAAUUUAUGAUAGUAUUCGAUGCGCUUCAAUCGUCUAAUCAAUUCUGAGUACGACAAUAUAUUUUGGUAUGUAUCACCUAAAGGUUACGCAAAUAAUGUGUUGAAGACAAAUGUUCUUAGAGAGAGAGAGAGAGAGAGAGAGAGAGAGAGAGAGAGAGAGAGAAAAGAUAUACGAAUAUCAAAAAAAAAAUAGAACAGAUAUUCGACAUUGAAUUUUCAUGUACAGUUGUAUAUCGUCGCUUUGCUAAUUCUUUCUUUUUUUUUUUUUUAUGUUAUGUAUAUGUGUCGUGCGUGUAAUGUGUGUACACUCUAUUCGGAUAAUCAGAUUCACCUUUCAAAUUUUGAAAAAGCCAAAAAUUCUAUGCAUUAAAAAUUUUAUACUAUUCUUAAUAUAGCAAUGAUUCAUAUUCGUUCGUUCGAAUUUUGUUUCACAUGAUAAUUUUACCUUUUAAAUUAUAUUUUUAAGUUACGGUGCAAGAGGUACAUACAUUAUAAAAACAAAUACAUAACAUAAUUUUGUCCUAAUAGAUAUUACGUUUAGAACUAUAUUUUAUAACAACUAAAAAUAUGAGGGAGAAUAUAUAUGUAUACAUAUAUUCGUUUUCUUUCCUUUUUUUUAAUAACGAAAGAUGACUUAAAAGUGAACCGAUAUUUAAACAUGAUUUAACGUUUGCUAAAUAUAUCUUUGUGUGUGUGUGUACGCGCGCGCGCGCGUGUGUGUAUGUGUGUAUGUAUGUAUGUAUGUAUGUAUAUAUGUAUUUAGUAAUUAAACUCAAUUAACACAUAUACAAUUAUUAUUAAUAAUUAAUUAAUUGCAGAAAGGGAGAAGUAACAGUUUCCAUCGUAUGUACGUGAGAAUGAAUGAUUCGCAAUAAAACACAUUCAAGGGCCUCUAUGUACGUAGUAUUACAUAUUAUUAAUAAUGUUAAUUGCUGUGAAAAAAAUCUUAGAACAUUUCCGAUUACGAAUUUUCAGGAAAUAGAUAAAUAAAUAAAUAAAUAAAUAAAUAAAUAAUAUUAUAUACGAGAAAUAUUCUUCGUCGAAUGUAUAUUAAAGAAUUAUAUAUAUUAUAUAUAUUAUAUACCAACGUCUGAAUAUAUAAAAAAGAAAAAAAAAAUAUUGGACAAAUGUUAUCGAAUAAAAAUGAUGUAAUUAAUCUGUGUUGACAAUCGCCAAUGUUCUGAGCUUAGAAUGAUCGAUAAAGAAAAAAAAAAAUAAGAGAAAAGAAAAGAUAAAAAAGCGUCUUAUACCAUCACGUGAUUCUUGAGUUUUUAAUCGUCACACACGACAUAUAAAUAAAUAAAUAAAUAAAUAAAUAUAUACAUAUACGGAGAUUUAUAAUGGGUCUUGCAGAAUUGUCUAUAUUAAAUAAAUUAUACGGCACGUUCAUGCGCUUCUACACACACAUAUCCAUAUAUAUGAUAUAUUGAAGGGAUACGUCAUUAUUGAGUAAUCUAAUUGUGUAUCUUAUUAUAAUAAACACAGAAGUUUGCACUUAUUUUCUCAACGCAGAGGAGGACACGCAUUUAGCUAUAACGAUUAUUUAUUUAUUUACUUAUUCAUAUUUCGCAGCUAUAUAAUAUGUUCAGUAUUCGUUAAAAUACUGCGAUUUUAGAAAUAUGUAAACUUUAGAUUUGUAAAAUAUAUUUUAUUAACGCAUAUUUUCCUUCUAUUUUUAAUGUAAAUAUACGAUUCUAACUACGAGGAGGAUCUACGUGAAAUUCCAACGAGCAUUAUUUUCAAUCGGUUUUCCGAGAAAUAAAUUUAACCAACAUUUUAUAAUGGUAUGUAACACAAAUAUUUAUGGAUGCAGUUAUAAGAAAUAUACUGCUGAUACGUUCUUUAUUUCUCUCUCUAUAUAUAAUUAAUCAAUUUGCGAAUUCCGGAUGUAGUUGAUCUCUUUUGUAAAUAGUUCGUAUUAACUAAGUUCGUAUUAAUUGAGUUGACAAAUAAAUGGGCUCGAGAAACACAUAUCUCUUUUUCGUUUAUAAUAAACAAUUAUUAAAGUAGUUAUAUAUUUUCUAUUUUUUUUCUUAUUAACUAUAUACUAAGAAAUAUAAUUUAUCAAUGAUCGUAAUGGAAAUUUUGUUUUAUCGAGAAUAUUUGUUAUUAUUAUUUAUUGUAAUAAUUGUUAUCAAAAUAAUUGAGUAUAUAUAAGUUAGGUAUAUACAAGGAAAUGUUACAAAUAAUUUAUUAAUGAUUGCAGUGACAAUUCUUUAUCGAGAAUAAUUGUUAUUAUUUAUUGUUAUAAUUGUUUAUCAGAAUAGAUAUAUACAUAUAUUCUAUAUCCGAUAUGUUACUAAAUUAUAUAUAUUAAUGAUUUUUGUUACUAUGGUAAGUAUUACAACUAAUAAAAAAGAUUUAAUAUGAUUUAUAUGAAUAUUUUUUCUAAAACUCUUUACGAACAUUGAAAUUUCUUUGGACCUUGCCAGGUAUAUACGGUCCUAAGAGCUCAAUGUAUGCGAUCGGGUUGCCAUCUACGCUAAAUUUUAGACUAUUAAUUUGAAUAUACAUGAUAUUUGCCACACAUAUAUACACACACGCGUGUUAUUUUUAUGAUUGAAAUAUUUAACUUAAAUUUGGAACAUGCAAAACAGAGUUUUGAAUAUAUAAUCUCGAUUUGAAAAUUUUCUCGCUAGAUGGCGAAUCGAUAAAACUCAAAGCUCAGUAACGUAGUUAUAGAAAUCCAAAGAUUAUUCUUUUACAGACUAGAAAUGUCUGAUUUUACACUAUUAGAUAGAAAAUAUAUAUAUAUUUUACAUACGUGAAGUUACAAAUUAAAAAUAAUGGAUGAUAUAAAAGAAAAAAAAAUGGGAAAAAAUGAAAAUCAUAAUGAGGAAGAAAUUUCAUCUGCAUCAGGAAAUACUCAAUCUACUGAUAUUCAAUCAACAGAUAUAAAUAAAGAACAAACAAAAACCAAUAAAUCUUCAGGAAAAAGUAAGAAUGUAGAAGCUAUUGAUGCACAGCAAUCAUUGGCAGUACAACGAGAUACCGAAACUGUAAAACAAUUAAAGAAUCAAUUAGAAACUUUAAUGAAUUCUCUAGCUACAUUAUCCGCAGAAAAAUCAAAGAUGGAAGCUAAUUUUCAAAAUGAUAGAAAACAAUUAAGAAUGGAACGUGAGGAAUGUGAAAAGGUAAUUAGAGAAUUAAAGGAAAAAUUAAAAAAGGGGCAAAAUCACAAUGUAUCUGAAAUAGAACAUGUGAAGUGUAAAUUAAUCAUGGAACGCCAUGAAAGAGAAAAAGAAAGAGCAAAUCAUGCAUCUACAAUAAAGGAAUUACAAAAGAUAUUAAAUGAAGAACUUCGUAAUAAAGAGCAAUUAGAACAGCAAAUGAAAAAUUUAUUCGCCAAUAAAACACAAUGUAAAAUUCUUGAAGCAGAAUUAGAAAUAACCAAAAAUAAGUUGAAACAAGCAGAGGAAGCAGCUAAAGAAACGCCACCUCUUCUUCUUUCUUUGCAAGCUGAAAUGGUUGCUAUAAAGAAGCAACAUCGCUAUGCUAUACUUGAAGAACAGAGAAGAGCAGCUACUGCAGAGCAACAAGCAAGAACAUUAGCUAUGACUCAUGAAACAAGAGUAGCUGGUUUAGAAUCUCGUUUAGCUGAACUUUCUGAAACAGUAGGAGAAUAUGAUAGAUUAAGGCAACAAGAUCAGCGCUCUAUUCAAAAUCUUAAGGACCAAUUAUCUAAUAUGCAAGAUGUGGAACACAAAGAAUGUGUUAAUAUGCCAAACGAACCAGAAGAAAUAAUUUCCAAAAUAAAAAUAUUAUAUGGACGUUUAUUAUAUUUAGAUAAUAAAAAGGAAGAUUCAGCUUAUGUUGAGUCACUAUUAAAACAUUUAGAGUUAAAUGGUAAAUAUAAUGAUUCUGAGUAUAAAGAAAAGUAUGAAACUCUGUUACAAGAAUUCAAAAUGCACAAAGAGCAAGUACCAACUAAAUACGAUGUUGACACAAGUCUUUUACGUAAAGGGCAUCAACAAAUUUAUAACUUAAUGGAUUUACGUGAUAAAGAAAAUAUUAAAACUCAAUUGCAUUUACUUAAAACUCAUAAUAACAAUUUAGAAGAAAGAAUUCGCACAUUAAAUAGCAAAUUAAUACAAAAAGAAAAAGAAUUGCAGAUAAAAAUAGAUUAUUACCAACAGUUAUUACAAGAAGAACGUGCCAAAUCAGAACAUGUACUAUCACAAAAGGAAAAUGAAUUUCGUAGUAAAAUAUGUACAUUAGAACAGCAAUUACUUCGUCAAAGAGAACGAUCCGUCGCACUUGUUCAAGAGAAAGAGAAAGAGAUCUUAACAUUGAAAGCCUCAUUUCAUGCAUUAAUACCAAAAAAAGAUCCAUCUUUUUGGGAAGGUGAAAGAAAUGUAAUAAAAUCCGAAAAUAAAUCAGAAUCCUCAGGCGAUAUAGUAACAGGAUUAUUAAAUAAUGAUAGUCCUCCUAUAUUGCAUUAUACUCAGGAAUUAGCAAGACAUGAAGUGCAAAUAUCAUCGACUAGAAAGAGAAUAUUAGAAUUAGAGGCAUUAUUAAGGGAAAAAGAAAGACAAUUGCUUCAUAUAACUGAGAAACAUAAAGAAGAAUUAAAAGUUGUACAAACACAAGUGGCAAGGUUGGAAGCAUGUAAAUCUAGAGAAGGAGCGAAUUUAGAAUAUUUGAAAAAUGUACUUAUCAAUUAUUUAACUACAAACGAUUCAUCAAGCAAGCGACAUAUAUUAAAUGCUAUAUCUACAGUGUUACAAUUUACAUCAGAUGAGUUAGAGAAGGUCAAUCAUGUUAAAUAGCUUUUGGAGUUUCAGUAAACAGGUAAACAUUAUUACAGAAAACAUAUCUCUAUACUUUUAUAUUUUCUCAUUAUAUUUAUAUUAUUUCAUAGAUUAAAGUUGUUAAUAGAAUAUUGGUGAAAUAAAUAAGAUUAAUCAAGAUA